UACAAUCGCGUGCGUGAUUCCGACACUCGAUCCUUUCGCCGGUUACGCGUGUGUUUUGUACUAUAAUUUUUUUACCCUUCGAUCGAACAAAUUGUUCAAUGAUCCAAGUGUUUUUUAUUUAAUUCACAUAUUGUCAGUGCUUGUAAUUCUCUCUUUGUUUUAACGUGUGACAAGUGGAGGUGCCGAGGGAUCAAGGAUACUAUCACUGGAGCUGGUGCGGUUUUCUAUUAGUGGAAGAAUAUUAUCUUGCUCCGGCCGCACAGAACGUUCAUAGGAAGAAACUCGGAUACUCCCAGAAUCGAGACAAAUCCACAUAACAACUUGCGCCUACAACUUGCGAAAACUUGUAAGAAUGGAGCGUUACGAGGAUGAAGGUGCAGAGGACAGUGACAACGAGACGGAUCCUGAGCAACUUCUCAACGAGUGGUUGGGCGAACUCGACAGUCUAACAGUGGGCUUGGACAAUGUGAGCUCAGCAACCCUGCGGCCCUUCAACUCUGACAUAAACACACCCAGGAUCGACAGCUAUCGAUUCUCAAUGGCGAAUCUAGAAGAUUCACAAGAUGUUGACCUGGAUGCAAUUCUUGGGGAGUUAUGCGCACUCGAGAGACGAUGCGACGGAGACAUUGCCUCGACACCGGCGCCAGACGCUCAGCGACCUGGAAGACCUAACAGCGGAAGAAUCAACGCUGGGGACAACACAGAUAUUGGAAAAAAUGAUGGUGGAAUGCGAACAGACAGUCCUGACAAUGACAGCGCCUUCUCCGACACUGUAUCAAUGCUGUCAAGCGAAAGUUCAGCAAGCAGCAGUGGAUCAGGACACAAGCCGCCUCAGGCCGCCAUGCACACGGCCCCUCAGCAGCAGACACAUCAACUCAUGGAUGCUGCGGGUCGAGCUAAGGCUGAGAAAAUUCGUCUUGCUUUGGAGAAGAUGCGCGAGGCGAGUGUUCAAAAGCUCUUCAUUAAGGCAUUCACAUUGGACGGAAGUGGGAAGAGUUUGUUGGUUGACGAGGGCAUGAGUGUUGCACACGUCUGCCGAUUGUUGGCUGACAAAAAUCAUGUUGCCAUGGAUCCUAAGUGGGCUGUGGUUGAGAAUUUGCCAGAGCUUUUUAUGGAGAGAGUAUACGAGGAUCACGAGCUUCUGGUAGAAAACCUCCUGUUGUGGACUAGAGACUCAAAGAACAAACUUCUAUUCGUCGAGCGUCCAGACAGAACCCAACUCUUUCUCUCCCCGGAAAGAUAUCUCCUUGGUCAAUCAGAUAGAAACACAGGGGAGUACGACGAUCAUUCUAGGAACAUAUUACUCGAGGAAUUCUUCUCCAGCAGUAACGUUGGAGUACCCGAGGUUGAAGGUCCACUGUACCUAAAAUCCGACGGCAAGAAGGGUUGGAAGAAGUACCACUUCAUUCUCCGUGCUUCCGGCCUCUACUACUGGCCAAAGGAGAAAGCAAGAACAGCCCGUGACCUCGUUUGUCUCGCCACCUUCGACGUGAACCAGGUGUACUACGGCGUGGGUUGGAAGAAAAAAUACAAAGCCCCCUCAGACUUUUGUUUCGCCAUAAAGCACCCCCGCCUCCAGCAACCGAAAUCCACCAAGUACAUUAAAUUCCUCUGCGCGGAGGAUACUUCUUCCCUGGAGCGAUGGAUGGUGGGCAUUCGCGUGGCGAAAUACGGCCGCCAAAUAAUGGAGAACUACCGAACCCUCGUCGACGAAUUAGCGCAAGAGGAUCUCGACCUCCUAGCCCACGCCCGUUCCUGCUCCGUAAGUUCUAUCGCUGUUCCACCGAGUCAAACCCAGUACAACACGACCACCGAAAACGCGAGACAGUUCACAGAAAUGCGACACAAUGGAACUGAAAACGGACGACAAUACGAGAAUCAGCGACAGAGUUACAAUUCCGAGCAGCGACAAAGUUACACUGAUGGAAGACUGAGUCGAGCGAGUUCCUCGAGCUCCAGCGGUUGUCUCUCAGACGGUGCCCCAAGCAGCUGUGAAGUCGCCUUCGAGUGCGGAGAGUUUCCAACGGGCACGAUCAAGCGAAAGCCCUCGAUGAACCCAAAACUCCCCCUGACGUCCAUCACAAGACAGCUGAAAGAGGUCGGCGAAACAGUCCGCGAUGAGCCCGACAGUUGUCCCAGCCCCACGUCCUCAGGCUCAGGAACUCUGACGCGAAGGCACAGUCGAAGAAGAAGUGGAACCGACUCCGACGGUUCAGGUACCCUCAAGCGACACCACAGGUCUGGCAAUGGCACCCCAGUGAGUCCAGUGCCCCCUGGCACCCCCGUCAGAGAGAGAAUCAGUCCAAUGGGCUACACCAGGAGUGACUCAGACCCGAAAACACCCACCAGUCCAAUUCCCUCCUGCAUGAUGGACUCCAUAACUUCAUUACCACCCCCUCUCUCCCCCUCCCGAGUGGUCGAGGAGAUCGAGUCUGACGGCGAGCCCCUCCCCCCGCCGCCCCCCGAGAUGUUCAGGUCCAAUUUAUCCCUAGACUCUCUUCCACCUCCUCCCGCCCCAGGCGAAAUUCCAAUGUGUGAAAAUUCCGAAUUGUCUGGAUCAUCCCUCUCCCUGAUGUCAUUACCACCACCCCCUAGCCCCCUAGUCGGUGAAACUGGUACAAUAAGACGUGCCAGGCCCAAACAGUCAACUCCAACAAAUUCAAUGUCCCCAGAGGGCACACCGACUCACACACCCACUCGUAAUAAUCUAGUAUGCACCACUCAAAAUGGUAAUUCCGUGAAUAAUGGGUACUCAUCACCACACAAUUCUUACCCAGAUUCCAACGCUAGUACCCCAACAUUCUCGCCAAGUACUCCAAACUUUGUAUCCCCACCGCCCUUCAUACCGCCACCAGCCUACGGCUCUCAGGCACACAGUCUCCAGAGGCAAAAUUCCAAGAACGAGCAGAAUUAUGGAACAUACCCGGCCGCCCAGAAUCAGGCAAUCAGGCCCAAUCCGAAUAUGGACACUGUGAGGAGGAGUGCACUGAAGCAGAAUUCGAGUCACUAUGCGUCGCCCCCGUACUUGGCCGAGUUAAAAGCGUCAUCGAGUCCUCAGCCGCAGAGGCGAGUGACAAUCCAGGAGCCCCCGACCUCGCCAAAGUCGAAGACAGGCACUGGCAAGAAGAUCUCGUUCAAUCUUCCACCUCAGCAGGAGCCUGGGAGUCCAGCGCUGCCGCAGAGGAAACCGAUGCCAAUGCCUCCAACAAGAGCAGACAGCACCAGGCUGACUUCACCGAAGAAACUCGCAGCCUCUGAUCAAGCACCUCCUGGCGAUUUCCUCAAAGAUCUACAGCGAGUCAUGAGGAAAAAGUGGCAGGUUGCACAGAAGUGCAAGUUGGAUUCGACCACAACUCCACACGAAGUCCUAGGCUUCAGGGAUCCACCACCUGCCAUUGCUGAUUACAGGGAGACUAAUGUGUCCAAUUGGGUGCAGGAGCACUACGGUGCGGACAAUCUCUACGAAAAUGUCUACACGAGCGAUCCCAAUGCACCAGUUGAAUACGCAUCAAGCCCAUCGAGACAGCCGUCAGUGCGAUUUGCCGAUGAGAAUCGCAGUAUGAAUAUCGCCAAUGUCAUUGCCUGCAAACGAAGACCACCCCCUCCACCACCAAAGAGAGCGGAGACAACUCAUUUGACUACACGUGCGAUGCACUGACAAUAGCAGAUAAUUCAGCCUCACAGCGAGAGGCGAUGGUACUCGUGCUUCUGCGGCUGGUGGAAACAGUGACCAGAGUCUAUCUGUUGAUUAUUCAUUCAUUCUCUCGACGCUUUUUGAGAAUGUUGAGUGAGGGGUUUAUCUUGAAUGCUGGCUGAAUUCCAAAUUACACUCGCAGUUUGCUAAUCGAAUUUUGUAGGAAAGUCGGGGGUGAUGUUGUUUUGUUGAUGUAGGGGAGGGAGACACUGCCGCACAUUAUGAAGAUGUGAUAUUAAACAAGCCAGCUUGGAUAAUGCCAGAUUAUGUAAGGAAUUAUUUGGCCGUGUCAAUUGGGUUUUUGCGCACGUGCGUGUCACGGUAGAAUACACAGCUGGAAAUUGCAGAGAAAUGAUCAUUUUAUUGCAUUUCUGGUCGCAAAAUAACACGGACAAAAGCAUUUCGGUGAAAAACCUAGCGAAUUUGCUGGAAAAUUCAAUUUGGCUUCUAUUGAUCUUUCAAUUAUUUAAAAAUUCCACAA